AUGUUUUGCUCGUCCAGUCUUGUAUCCUGUUUGUAUGCUGCCUCGCUCCUCACCCCCCAGCUGGCCGCCAACCCGGUCGGCUCGGCUCCGUUGAGCUUCCAAGCCGAGCCCCCCAGCCAAGUCUCCUCCUUGGAGGGCUGGCCAUCUGAUGCAGAUGAGCCAUCCCCUGACACUGUCUUUGCCAGCAGUCCAUCCCUCCAGCCCAGCGAUGUCUACAGAAGUGUCUUGCCCAUCCCUCCCCCCUUCGUCGGCCUCUUCCAAAGCCUCCUCGACUCGCUCUCCCUCUUCAGUCCCGUUGCUCGUCCUGACCGCUAUGAGCACCCCUUCGAAAAACCAAUCGACUGUACUAAAUACACCAUAGGACAUGUGCUCGACUGGGUGCUCCAUCACCCUUCCAAGCCGUCUUCCGCUCCUCCAUCUCACGACGAGUGUGGGAGUGAUGCCCGUCCACCUCCCCUCCACCGCCUCGCAUGGCUCGUCAAUGUCUCAAGCCCAGUCCAAGAGGCGCUCAACAAUCCAGACGCCGAUUUCACACUCUUUGCGCCGGACGAUGAUGCGCUCAUGCCUCCGUCUAAGAAGCGCCGCGACUUGAUGGUAAACCCCUUCGAUCCUGCAUCUGUCGAUCAAGCGUCCCACAACGACCAGUCUAUUCAUCUCUUUUGGGAUGCGAUUGAGGCCCUCGAGUCUAUCUCAGACUGCCCUCACAUGAACUUGUGGGCUGAGGGAGAAGACGACGAGAAGGAACGAAAGAAGAAGUUCUUCCUUCAUGCCGUCGAGAUGGUCCUCAAGUACCAUGUCUCACCAGGUAGCAAGAGAAUCCACGAGAUUCUUGACAGCAGCACCCUCCCAACUGCACUCCCGAUCUUGCCCAGCCCGGAUGCGACCCGAUUUCGAAUCAGAGUUGGCCCCGCCAUGCCCGAUCACAGCAAGCCCGGGGAAAUCAUCCUAAACCUUUUCACCAAGUUAGAAGUGCUCAAAUACCGGCCGAUUCUGACGAAGAAUGGCGUGAUCUACAUCGUGCAGAAGGUCCCACUUCUGCCUCCGCUCUCGCCGCUGUCCGAGAUGUUCCUGUUCCCCAGACAGUUCUCGGCCUUGACCAGUGCCCUCCAAAAGACCAAGCUGCAUCACAGCCUGUUGCCCCGCUGGGAAAACAAGACGAUCCCGCUGUCCAUCGGAGAAACUGCGCCCCAGUCUUUGGUCCCUAGCGCCGCCCUCGACGGCAGCAUGGAUGCCGUCGACGAACGAGUCCAGAGCGUCCUGUCCAGCUUGAUUUCUGGACACGGCGGGAAACUGACCAAGGCCAGUUUCACCGUCUUUGCACCUGGCAACCGCGCCUUCAAAGCGCUUGGACCGGCCGCAAACGCCUUCCUAUUCUCUCCCUUCGGCGAACACAUCUUUCGCUACAUCUUGUCUUACCACAUCGUGCCCGACGUGAUCUGGCACACCGAUCAUUGCGAACGCACUAAGGCGGGCAUCCCCUCCACGGAAUGCGACCUGGACUCCCAAACCCGUGAAUUCGACCAGUUCUCGGCCCCAAUCGGUCUCCAUCCGUUCCCUCCUCUCCCCGGCAAAGUCAACGUUACCGAGUUCCAUUUGGGCACCUUAUUGGGCUCGCGUAAGAACGAGUCAUUGCCGGUGACCUUAGUGCAAUUCAGACACCUCGGAAAGGGCCCGACCAUCCGCCGGGUGUACCUCAAGUCUCCCCGCCGUGACGAGCCCGGCUUUGGCCCGCCAGACAAACACGCCAUCCCGGUCGUCGUCGCCGACGGCGUGGCUUGGGGCGGCGCGAUCCACAUCCUGCCUCAGUUCGUCCAUCCGCCCGUCCCCGAAGGCCAUCGCAAGCGCAAAGACGUCCAACGCGCUAUCGAGCUGGCCAUCCUUUCGCCCGCUUGA